AGCCGCCCUUCGGGGGCGUGGGGCUGCGGGCGCGGCGGGGGCCGCUGCGGCCGCUUCCAGCAGCAUGGGGUGGGCAGCGGCGUGGGGCUCCCGGCUGUGGGGGCUGCUGGCGGUGGCGGUGGUGCUGUGCGGGACGGCGGCGGCAGCCGGCCUCGGGGCGGCCCCGCUGCUGUGCAACGUGAGCCUGGACAGCCCCGCCGAGGAGCGGUGGCUGCCGGUGCUGCGGCACUUCGAGCCCGCCUUCCUGCGCGCCGCCGUCGCCCGGGUCAUCGAUGAAACUGUGCCAAAAUGGGUCCACGAAGUUAUUCAGCCAAUUGCAGCAGAGCUGGAGUCCUUCAUGCCACAGCCCUUCGCAGGGGAAAUCCUGGGGCUGUGCAGAGCCCUGGGAAUCAGUUUGGGCGAUGGAGUUCUGCUCAACUUCGCCUAUGAAUCCACUGCGUUCUGUACUAGUAUUGUUGCUCAGGAUGAAAAAGGAAACAUUUACCAUGGUCGGAACCUGGAUUAUGACUUUGUAGAUAUAUUAAGUAAAAUUACAAUUGAUGUGCAGUUUAUAAAAAGCGGACAGAUAGCAUAUCAAGGAACCACAUUUCUUGGUUACGUAGGCUUAUGGACUGGACAAAGUCCACACAAGUUCACAGUCUCUGGUGAUGAACGAGCGGGUGGUAGCUGGUGGGAAAAUGCAAUAGCUGCUUUUCUGAAUCGAAAUUACCCUGUCAGCUGGCUUGUCCGAGAUACCCUGAGCAGAGCAGAGGACUUUCAGUCAGCUGUUCUCAGACUAGCUGGCAUUCCCAUCAUUGCUGAAGUUUACUAUAUUGUAGGAGGUGUAUCACCCAAAGAAGGCAUGGUCAUAACGAGGAAUAGAAGAGGGCCAGCUGACCUCUGGCCUCUUGAUCCUUUAAGUGGAGCGUGGUUUCGUGUGGAGACAAAUUAUGACCAUUGGACUACCCCUCCUCCUUUUGAUGACCGAAGAACUCCAGCCAUGAAAGCUCUCAAUGCUACUGGACAGCAGAAUAUCAAUUUUGAUACGCUCUUUCAGGUGUUGUCAGUGAAGCCAGUCUUAAAUGAUAACACAGUGUAUACCACAGUAAUGAGCGCUGCAUUUCCAGAGAAGUACCAGACAUGGAUCAGAACUAUGAAGUGAAGAGGUCAGACCAUAUCGGCAAAAAGCUGAAGCUUUCCAAGACUGGCAUAAGCUUUUAAAAUCACACUCAAACGCACAACAGUUGUUUUGGCUUACUAAUUGUGCAAACCAUUCAGGAAAUAAUGACUUGUUAGUUCUUUGAAGUGUUGCAGAUGAUACUGUUAAUGAACUGUAAAGGAAGAUUGAUUUUAUUUUAACUAUAUUCAUGUUCUAGCAGAUGUUGAUGGCUAAAAAUUGUUUUUAUUGUUUUUGGAAAGAGUUGUGCAAUUUGAUUGUACUCAUGUACUUACUAGUAAAUAAAAACUAAAUAUAUUUUGUGUGGUAUGUAGGUCUGAACAUAAUUAAAUAAAAAUAUGCGGCUGAUUGCUUGA